UCUUGUUAGUUGAGCAGCAUGAAAGAUGCUUGGGAUUAGUACGAUGGCCACUUCUUGAAAGCCAUACGGAAAGCUCAUGAUACUCCUCCCUGUCUGCUGACUUCUACAAGCCAAAGCAUGGAACGAGGUUCUUUUAUGUGUUUAGAAUGCUUGGGAUUAGUAUGUUUAGUCUUCGCAAGAAGCAAUAACUGAACGCUCAUGAUACCAUCCUUUGACUACAGACUCAGAGUUUGAAGCACAGAAAUGGGUUUCUAAACAGUUCAAUAAACAUAUGAAUGCAUUCAAACGACAAAUCACUCAAAUAAAUGAAAUGCAAUUGAAGGAUUCAUGAUAGAAUGUAUCUCAUGCAAGAGAUUGGUCAACUCACGUUUCCCCGCUCCUUGGAAGAAUUGGUUUUCUUUGUCAAUUUGAAGAACAUUCGCACGCUGUGCCGACCUAUGAAUGAUGGAAAGUCUUGGGAAACUAAGCGGCGUCCCACCCACCCUAGCAUCUACUCGUUUAUUGAUGCCACCAAGGACCGACAUUGCUUUUGUGGCUUGCGAUUUGAAAGAUAAGUAAUAAGUAAUAAGCAUCACUUUCUUUUUUUUUAUAGCUUACUUGGUAGGGCUGAUUUCUAAAAAGGCACAUCGAUGCUCAUAGCCUCUCUUUAUUGAAGCAUUUCCAAAAACACUUAACAGAAUUAGAACCAAAGCCAUUGAAAUCACUUACAUAUAAGCUAUCAUAUGCCCCACUAGUUUUAGUUAUCAACAAUUCUUUUUCC